AUGUCCUUCGUUCGGCAAACAGCAUUGCCAAAUGAUAAUAUUGAUGAUAAAUUAAUAACAUGGAAAAUAACCAUAACUGUCUUCAAUGGAAUGUUCUUGAUUUAAAAAUAAAAUAAAAUAAAUGCUCUGGGUGUUACGGUUUUGACAUUUGGUUUGUGGCUUUUAUUUGACAGAAACAAUUUAUUUGGUGUGUUAUUUUCUUCAGGUGAGAACCAACUGGUGGCACGUGUUUCUUUUACAUUACUUGGAGUUGGAUUUCUUUUUAUUUUUACAUUGGUGGUGGGAUUCCUUGGAAUUGUUCAGGAAAUCAGGUGCCUACUAGUUAAACAUGUGUGUUUUCAUGUCCUGAUGCUUUUCACUCAUAUUGCCCUAUCAGCACUGAUAUUUCUGAAGAAAGAAGUUGCCUACCAUUAGUGGAACAACAGAAUUAAUGAAGUUGUUUCUGAAUAGAAUAAGAAUCCAGCUGAGAAGGAACCUGUGUGGAAUAUUCUGGAUGCUGUGCAGCAGAAUAUGGAAUGCUGUGGAAGAUACAAUGUCACACAUCAGAUCCCAUGGUCAUGCACAAAAUCUAAUCUGAAGAAAUGUUUUUGUGAUAUCCCAGAGAAUUUAACAUACAGUAUAGGUUCUGAAGAAUAUAUGGAUAUGUGGUUUGAAAGUAAUGUUUUGAUCUUAAAUGGAAUUAGUAUAAGCCUGCUAAUUACACAGGUAUCUGUAAUCACAUUAACUGUGAAGCUGUUUUUGAACUUCAGAAGGAACAGUAUUUAGUGAAAUGAAUGAUGAAUUCCUCUGGAUGUUGCUAUUGCACAAGAAGAUCUGUUCCAUUCCUGUGACAGUUGCACUGUGUGUGUUAUAA